GGCGUUUCUCCGAUCACAUGACAGCGACCUGGGCCAAUCAGGGCCAGCCCCGCCCCCAAGCCCCGCCCAUUCCGGUUCCCAGCAGAGCGGCGGCGACACCGACAGGUCCCCCAUGGGUUCUCACGGUAGGGGGAGGGGCCGCCGGGAAGAGGAAGUGACGUCACAGGAAGCGGAGCUGGCGCUGGGAUUGGCCGAGCUGCUGCGGAGGGACCGACACAACGAGGGGGCGGAGCCAGCCGGAGGGGGCGGGGCCACAGCCCCGCCCCCUCUGGCCAAUCACGAGCUGCGGCUGCAGCUGGAGCUGGGGCGGGGGAGGGGCCCGGGGGGACCCGCCCCCCAGGAGGAGAAUCUGCCCCGAAUGCUGACGCAGCGCCAAUGGGGCCGUUGCCGCCACAGCAGCUUCUCCCCGGGGGAACAAACCCGCCUGAGCUCCCAUUUCCUCCCGAACCGCGUCGCCUUCGCCGACUCGUACCCGCAAAAGGCGUUCUGCGGCGUCUUCGACCCCAAUGGCGACGCCUUCGUGUCCGCCUGCCAAGACCAAACCCUGCGGCUGUACCGGUGCCGCGGGGGGGGGAUGAAGCUGCUGCGGACCUUCGCGGGGCGGGACGUGGGCUGGAGCAUCCUGGACGUCGUGUUCAGCCCCGACGGGUCCCGCUGCUUCUAUUGCAGUUGGUCCGACUACGUUCAUAUGAUUGACGUCUACGGGGAGGGCGACACCCACACGGCGCUGGAUCUGCGGCCCCGCGAGCGCCGCUUCGCCAUCUUCUCUUUGGCCGUGGCGCCGGGGGGCGGGGCCGUGCUGGGCGGGGCCAACGACGGCUGCAUCUACGGCUACGACCUGGGGGCCAUGAGGAGGGUGCUCAAGGUGUCGGCGCACGAGGACGACGUGAACGCGGUGGCGCUGGAGGGGGGGGCGGGGCAGCUGGUGCUGUCCGGGGGGGACGACGGCGUGUGCCGGGGCUGGGACCGGCGGCUGCUGCAGGAAUCGCCCGACGGCGACAAGCGGCCGCGACCCGUGGUGACCCUGGCCGGACACCGCGACGGGAUCACCUUCCUGCACCCCCGCGGCGACGGGCGGUACCUUGUGACCAACUCCAAGGACCAAUCAGCGAAGCUCUGGGACUUGCGGCUCCCGGCGGGGCCGACCGUCAUGGCCGCCGCGCGCCGCGCCGUGGCCAAUCAGAGCUGGGAUUACCGCUGGCAGCCGGCCCCGCCCACCACCAAUCCGGCGCCGUUGCCGGGCGACCGCUCGCUGAUGACCUUCCGGGGUCACGUGGUGCUGCACACGCUGCUGCGUGCCCGCCUGGCCCCGCCCCCCGGCCCCGCCGGCGGCCAAUACCUGAGCGCCGCCUGCGCCACGGGCGCCGUGAUUGUGUACGACGUGCUGACGGGGCGGGUCGUGCGGCGAUUGGCCAAUCACAGCGCCUGCGUGCGUGACGUCAGCUGGCACCCGCGCGGGGAUUGGCUGGCCAGCGCCUCGUGGGACGGCUCCAUCCGCCUCUGGGACUACGGGGACCCGGCCUGACGUGUGGGGCUGCCCCACAAGUGUGGGGCUGGGAGGGGGGAGGGGGGGGGGUUUGGGACCCACACUUGUGGGGCUGGGCUGUGACCCACAUGUCGGAGCUGCAAUAAAGG